GUGAAUAUAUAUUUUCAUUUUAUGGAUUAAAUGUCGUUGCUGUAGAAUGGUCAUAUUAUAGACUUUUAAAUGGUCUGAUUGCUUCUAAAAUGGUGCCAGAAUUAAUUGAAGUUGAUGGCUUUUCUAUGUAAUAAAGUGCUUCUUUGUUCUCCUUCUAGAAUUUGGUAACCUCUCCCCAUAUUGUUAAUUACAGGAUGAAUUACAGGAGCCCAGAAGACCCGAGCAAUUAUACCAUCAUCAUGGAAUUCUUCCUUAUGGAGUAUUCCAGCAUCCGAGAGCUGCAGGUCUUGCACGCCAUUCUUUUCUUGUUGAUAUACAUUGCAACCCUGAUGGGCAAUCUCCUCACUAUCACUGCCAUUAUCACUGAUCCACACCUUCACUCUCCAAUGUAUUUUUUUCUGAGCAACCUUUCCCUCUUGGAUCUUGGCUGCAUCUCAGUCACUCUUCCCAAAUUCAUUGUGAAUUCUCUGACAGGCAAUCAGUCCAUUUCUCUCCUGGGCUGUUGUGCUCAAGUUUUCUUCUCUAUCUUCUUUGGAGCAACAGAAAUUGCUUUGCUUGUGGCGAUGUCCUAUGAUCGCUUUGUGGCCAUUUGCCAUCCCUUGCACUAUGGGGUCACCAUGACACCAUUCCGUUGUCUUUGGGCGGCAACUGGUUCAUGGGUCAGUGGGCUCAUCUAUUCAGCUCUACACACAGGAACAUGUUCCGUCUGCCUUUCUCAGGAUCCAAUGUGAUCCAUCAGUUUUUUUGUGACAUCCCUCAU